UUUUUGUUAAUUUUUUCAUCGAAAAUUAGAGCACAAGGUGACGUCUUUCCAAUUAUUGGCCAUCAUCAACUAAUUGCAUCACUUUGCUCAUAGUUUAGCCAUCUCUCCACCAUAACUCUUAUCUCCAUCACUUUCAUUACUCAUCAUCCAUGCUACAGGUCUACUACUUGUAUAAAACUUAUCCAGCUCUCGGGUCGUAGAACUGCGGACUUGAGUGAUGCAUCCUGGCGGUUAUACAGCCGAAGUUACUUGCCUCUCGCCUAAAGCAACGGUGGAGGAUGUUUACGACUUCUUUGCUCAUUGUGGUGCUAUUGAGCAUGUUGAAAUCAUGAGAUCUGGUGACUAUGGUUGUACAGCAUAUGUGACAUUUAAAAGUGCCUACGCUCUUGAAACUGCCAUCCUUCUCAGUGGAGCUACUAUUGUAGAUCAACGUGUAUGCAUUUCGCACUGGGGGACUUAUGCAGAUGAAUCAUAUCAUUGGAACGGUGGCACAACGGGAACUUACAUAGACCAGUAUGCUACUACUCCAGGAGAAGCAGUGACCGUGGCUCAGGAAGUUGUCAAGACAAUGCUAUCCAAAGGAUACAUUUUAGGAAAAGACACAUUGAUCAAAGCCAAAUCCUUCGACGAAUCCUAUAAACUUUCGGCCAUUACAGCCGCCAAGAUUGCUGCGCUUAGCAACAGAAUCGGGCUGACUGAAAAGAUACAAGAAGGUAUGCAAACCGUAAAAUCUGUCGAUGAGAAGUACCAUAUCACCAAUAUCACUGCCUCGGCUAUAUUAGUUACAGGUACAGCAGCUGUAGUUGCAGCUACUUAUACAGGAAAAGCUGCUGUAGCUGCUGCUAAUGCUGUAUACAAUAGCACUUACUUCGCCAAGGGAGCUCUCUGGGUUUCCGAUGCUUUGACGCGCGCGGCUCAAGCUGCUGCCGAUUUCGGGCAUGAUAAGGAUGGUGAAUGAGCGGGAUUAUUAGCUAAUGCAAACAACAGUUUGUUGUAUUUGUAUGGAAAUAAAUAAUUUUUUUUGUUUGGGUAUAUAUAAGUCUAGAGAAAAUUCUGUUAUUGAUUGAAAUUCAAAAACUUGAUUAAAACAUAAGUUAAUGGAUGAUAAAUUGAUAA